CAUCAUCUCCAUAGUUUUCGAGGAAGCUUCAAAAUGGCUGCCGAAUGUUGACGUAAGGAAAAAGUGUUGAUGCCAGUAGAUUAGCAGAAUGGCAACAAAGUUAAAGAUAAAGAAGAAAAAGCCCUCAAGAAGUGCAGCACAAGUUAUUCCUUUGGAAGACAAAAAUCCACCUGUGGUUGUGUCUGGAGCCGAGGAUGAAAAUAUCUUAGAUACAACAUUACAGGAUGAACCUAGCAAGCCUGCACCGCCAAGUCCAGUCAAAUACAGGAAGAAGAAGAGGGAUAAAAGCAUAGAGAAGAAAAAGAAAUUGGAAGGAAAGCAAGACGAUAAAGAUGAUAAAGUUAAAACAGAACCUCCCAAAGAAAAGGGUUCACAGGAAGUCGACAAUGACUCAGUCACUGAGAAGAACCGAUCACGACCUGGCACUCCAUCCUCCAGACCUGGUACUCCGUCCUCCAGACCUGGAACACCCACAUCUCUCACAUCCCCGAGAGUUCGCAGGAGUCCUUCCCCAUUCAACAAGAAUGUUGUGGAGCCGCUGCCCCAGGGUGGCACCUCCAACAUGGGUAGCGCAGUCUCCAUCAGGUCAACCUUGUCCGCCAGAGAGGCCUGGACUGAUAGAAGUGAAACUCCAACAGGAUCAAAACAGAGACCUGCUAGUGCCAAGUCCACAUCAACCAUUGUCAGUCGCAUUGACAAGAAUGGAAAGGAAAAGGAGGAAGAUGCACUGAGCCUGAGGUCGAGGUCUGGUUUAGAGAUUGAAGGCCCAGAGCAGAAUGCAUACAUUCCCUACCUGUAUGCCCGGAACACCAUAUCUCGCAUCAUGGACGACAUGACGAACAUGAAGACAAACCACGUCAGAAUCGUUCAUGACAUUGACAAGCACUACAGAGCUAUUGAGGAUGAAACACAGACCCAGUUCAACACGUUCGUCCUGUGUCUGCGGGAGCAGUACUCGGGCAAGGUGACAACGUUCCGCCAGGUCAUCGACAUCCACAGGACGGAACUCUCCAAGAAGGAGGUCUACUGGAAUGAAGUCCUUGCGAGUCUGACAGAAAGGAACAACAGAUUGCUUAAAGACAAGAAGGUUCUCCUGAUCAAAAACAAAGUGGAAAUUGAUCGACUGGAAAAGGAAAAGUCUGAGGUGACAACUCAUUUCACACAGCUGGUGGACAAAGCCAGUGCGUCAGCCGUCAUAGCUGGUAAAGAACAUGAAGAACAGAUAUCCCAGAUGAAAACUGACAAUGCUGCCUUGUUGGCAGAGAUGGAAAGUUUGAAAAUCCAACUGUCUGAACAAGACUCCAAGAUGUCGAUAAUUGUCCCUGUGGGAGCUGCAGUAGUUGCAGCUGCCCCACCAUCAAGUGCACAGACGUCCGAGGCCCAAACCCAGACUGAUGGUGAGAGCAGGCCAGCAGCUAUUGUGGGCACAGCAGUAGUAAGAGACGCAGAGCAGCAAGAGAGAGAAAAGGAGCACAUCGAUGGCGAGAGACAGGAGAUGACGGACGAGAGACAGAGCAUGGAGGAAGAGCGUGAAAGGCUGGCGGAAGAGAGGAAGUCCUGGGUCGCUGAAAUAAACAAACUGCAGGCCGAGUUGGCUCUUGUCUCUAAGGAUCGAGCGGAGUGGCAGGUGAAGUACGAGGUGAUGAAGAGCCAGGCAGGGGAUGCAGCUACGCUCCACACCAAGUACAUGAUGCUGGAGAACCAGUACGCUGCCCUCUCCGCUGUUGUUGCAGCAUCAGAGACGUCUAAAACUGCAGCAGAGGAAAGCUCAAAAAAGACUGCUGAAGAGAAGGCCAUGAUGGCGACAGAGCAGGCAAGGCUGGAGGCGGAGAUCAAGAAGUAUGAAGCUGACUUCAAAAAGAAAAAUGGACAUCCACCUACAGAGAAAGACAAAUCCGACUCGGCCAAGGAGAUGUACACCCAGUUGGAGGAGGUGAACACAGUAGUGACCUCGCUGGACAAGAAGAUAGAGACCCUGGACCAUGUGAAGGCAGGAAACGUUCCUCCGCCACCCGAGGUGGACCCAACUCCUGUUGUCAUCAAAGACCCGGAGGUGAAGACAGUGGAGGUGAUGGUACUAGACCCAUCAAUUGUUGCUGCCCUGGAAAAGGCCCAGCAAGAGUUAUCUGCCCUCCAGACCCAACUCUCAGAUCUACAGCAAGAGAAGUCAUUGCUUCAUACACAGAUCAGUUCUUUGAACACUGACCUGUCCGAAAGCAGGGGCAAGAUCGUGGAGCUAGAGCGGCUCCUGGCCGAGGGUGAUGCACCUGACGGAGUUGCUGUAGCUGCAGCUGCUACUGUUGCUGCCAGUGCUGAGUCUGAAGAGAAGGUAUCUGAGCUAACAAGUCAGCUUGCAGAGAGAGAUGAUGAGUUGGAACGUCUUCGCCGCGAGAACCGUGAAAUGCAGAAAGACAUGAAGAAGAUGAUCAAGCGAUAUGAGAAGCUCCAGACCAAGCUCAAGAAGAUGGAGGUGAAUGAGGGAGCCAGCGCCCUGUUGCAGGUGGUCGUAGCCAUGGCACACGAGGUCCAUGGCAAGGUUCCAACUGCAGCUGAAGAGGUGGACACACGUCUCAAGUCUGAAGAAGAGGAUGUGAAGAAACUGAAGGAGUCGCAGAACGAGAAUCAGAAGGCCCUGGAUACAUGGGCCCAGAAGUACAAGAAGAAACACAAGAAGGAAGCGACUCCCGAGGACAGGGAUGAGGAGUGUGUGAGGCUGCAGGAGGCAGUAGAUGUCGCAGUGAAGGAGGUUGACGACAGCGGCCGGAGACAGCAGGCUCUCACCAUGCUGCAGACCGGGGUUGUCAAGGUGAAGGAGCUCCAGCAGCAGAGGCCCGCAUCAGCCGCCAGGGUUGCCAAGGAGACGGAACAAGAUAUGUCUACACUUGAUGAAAAAGUGAUUGACCUUGAGUCUGAGAAUGAGGCUCUGAAGGAUGACAAGACGCGUCUGGAGGAUAUCAGAAAGGAACUGGAGAGUCAGUUGCAACUUCUCCAAGACCAGGUUGCACUGCAAGGAUCUCUGCCUGAUGCUGGCCAACCCUCAGAGGAUCUGUCUGAUGAGCUGUCUAGCCUGCAGCAGGAGAUUGAUGCCCUGAACACCAGCCUCCGUGGGGAGAAGGCCGCCCACGACAAGACUCGCGAUGAGUUGGAGGAGGCCAAGAGUCAGGCCGCAGGAAAGAACGAGGAGUUGGCUGGGGAGCGGGCAGACCUGGACGCCAAGAUUGACCAGUACAAGAAGAUCAUGGAGGCCAAACUCAAGGGAAGGGAGGAGGAACUGGCCAAUGUGAAGCAAAGGACUGAGGAACUGGAGGCGGAGCGAUUGGCUAAUGUCCCAGUUGACACUGCGAAGGAAAUGAAAAAUCUUCAGAAUAAAAUUUCCCUGCUGGAGAAGGACAAGACUGGGUCCAGUGCGGCGGUGGCAGGUCUCGAGGCGCAGCUGACGGAGUCCCAGAACAAAGUGAAACUCUCCACCAAGAACUUGGAGACACAGAGGGCUACCAACAGGGAGCUGGAGAGCAAGGUGAAGGCUGCACGGUCCGAGAAGGAACAGGCUGUCCGGGAACUGACCAAUCAGCUGGAGAAGAAGGAACUCCAGAGAUCAACACUGGAGAAGAAGGUGAAACAACUACAGACUCAGGUUCCAGUCAAACCAGCAGGAGCAGUGAUACAGGCAGCAGGAGGUAGGGCAGCUCCAGCGGACAAGGGUCUGAAGGAUCAGCUGCUGCUGAUGAAGCGAGAGAACACCUCCCUCAACACCCGCAUCAAGCAGAUGGAGGUGGACUCCAAGAAGCAGGGCAAGUCUGAUGGAGACUCGGCAGCUGAUAAGAACAUGAUGAAACGGCAUGAGAAGAUCCUCAAGGAACUGGAGAAGAAGUUGGAAUGGGAGAAGAAUCGUACUGAGAAGCUGACAGAGAGUCUGAGGAACAAAGAGGAAGAGGCUAAGGAUCUAGGGAAGACAUGCGGCAAGCAGGAGACUGAGUUAAAGAAGCUACGGGACGAACUGGCAGCUCUUGGAAUUGCUGCUAAGGAAGGUGUGGAGGCAGCAACCAAGGUCAAGGACAUGGAGAAGGACUUCAAGAGACUCGCAGAGGAAAACAAAACAUUGUCAGAGAACUUCAACAGUGAAAGGGUCCUGAGGAAGAAGUACUACAACAUGGUGGAGGACAUGAAGGGCAAGAUCCGCGUCUAUUGCCGCGCUCGACCCCUCAGUGGCUCAGAGAAAGACAGGGGUAACUUCUCCGUGCUGAAGUCGGCCGAUGAGUACUCUAUAGAGGUGUCGAGUCAGCGCGGCAUCAAGGAGUUCCAGUUUGACCAGGUGUUUAUGGAAGCCAGCACACAGGAGAAGAUAUUCGAGGAUACCAAUAACCUGAUCCAGUCGGCUGUGGAUGGGUACAACGUGUGUAUCUUCGCCUACGGUCAGACCGGCUCGGGCAAGACGUUCACCAUGAUCGGGGACAAGGAACAGAACCACCCCGGCAUUGCCCCCCGAGCUUUCAACAGGAUAUUCGAGCUGGCGCAGGAAAACAGGUCGAAGAUGUCAAUGAAGGUGACGUGCUACAUGAUGGAGCUGUACAACGAAAAGCUGAUCGAUCUGUUCGGGAGACCAGGCCAGCAGGAUGAUGACAAGCUGGACAUCAAGAAGGACAAGAAGGGCAUGGUGUUUGUCCAGGGGGCCAUGGUCAAGGAGGCUUCCAACACCAAGGAGCUCUUCGCCUUGUUCGAGGAGGGGUCGAAGAACAGACACACAGCUUCCACAAAGAUGAAUGCUGAAAGCUCCCGAUCCCAUCUUGUUAUUGGUAUAGUGUUGGAGAGUACCAACAAGGUCACGGGACAUGUGCUCAAGGGAAAGCUGAGCCUGGUGGACUUGGCAGGCAGUGAGAGAGUGGGCAAGACAGGAGCUGGGGCAGAGCAGCUGAAGGAAGCUAUGUCCAUCAAUAAGUCGCUGUCCGCCCUCGGCGACGUCAUCUCGGCACUGAGCAGCGAGCAGUCCUUCAUCCCCUACAGGAACAACAAGCUGACCAUGUUGAUGCAGGACUCACUCGGAGGCAACGCAAAGACGCUCAUGUUCGUCAACAUCUCCCCCGCUGACUACAACACGGAUGAGACUGUUAUCUCUCUCACUUAUGCCUCCCGUGUGAAACUGAUCACCAACGACGCAUCUAAGAAUGCUGACAACAAGGAGAUUUUAAGACUGAAGGCGCUGAUCCAGAAGAUGAAGAAGGGAGAGGCGGUGGAAGAGGAAGAGCAGUAGUCAUCUCACGACGCACUGAAUCAACUUGAAGACUACAAACAUCUGUGAUAUUCUCAACUGGAGAACAAAUCUGUGGACAAAGAUCAACAUAUCAAGACAACCAGCAUUACUAAAAUAAUUUGUCUAAGCUUACAAUCAAAAUAUAACAAUGUUUUUCAAAUCUUUUAGAUUAAUCACAUUUUUGUUAUUUUCCAACUGUGAUAUAGCAAUUGUUAGUUGGUGUAUGUGUUGAAAGAGUUUCUUCUCAUUCUCUUUUCCUGGGUUUUUUCAGUGUUUAUGUGCCAAGUUAAAAUAAUAAUAUAAUCAGAACAUUAAUAUUCACAAGAAAUUAAUUAAAAAAUGAGUGUUGACAUAGAUCAACAUAUCCGAACAAUCAGUAUUGUCAUAAUAAUUUAUUUAUGUUUAAAUGCUUACAAUCAAAAUAUUACAAUGUUAUUUCAAUCUUGUCGAUUUUUUAAUGGCAUUUGAAUUAUUUUCUAAUUGUGAUACAGCAAUUGUUAGUUGGAGAAUGUGUUGAAAGAGUUCAUUCUCAUUCACUUUUCAUGGUUUCAAAGUAUUUUUGUGCCAAGUUAAAGUAAUGAUAUGAGCAGAAAUUAUUAACGAAAAAUUAAUUUAACAAAUGAGUAAAUGAGAUAAUAAUUUAAUGUCACGUCAGAAAUAUUUUGGCCACAUAGCAACGUGAUAAGGUUAAUUUGAGUCAGUGUUUGAAACGUGAGUAUGGAUGCUGAAAACUUCCAGAUCACGGUUGUUAAUUUUACCCAAUUUCUUCACUAAUAUAUACACGAUGCUCGCACAAUCCUAUGUAGACAAACUAUUUAUUUUUUACCAAUGUUACACCCUUUAUAACAUGUAUUUUAUGUUUCAACAUUUGUGACCCUAGGUUGUGGAGGGGUUAUUUUGGUUAUGGUAUAAUCCUAUAUUUAUCAUAGUAUGUGCAAUUUACUUCUUUGAUCACUUCUUAAUAAUUUGUAUACAUGACUUCAGAGAUACAACCAGUAGGUAUGCAUGCAUUUGUUAUCAGUGCAACAGAAACGAGUACUACAUCAUACAAGUACAUUUUGGACAGUACAUUCUUUUUAAUUAUACUAUGCUACUCCACGUUUGAUAGGGAUAUUUGUAUCUUUCCAUGAUACACAAAAAUUAAUCUAUUUCAAGUGUGUAUUUAAACAGAAUGACUAUCUGAUUAUCCCUAUCACAAGUUGAGUAGUAUUGUUCCUCGGUAAAGGCCAGAUCUUGAGCCUCUCUUGGUUGUGCUGGGGUGGUCGGGUAGCCCAGUGGUUAAAGCGUUCAUUCGUCACACCGAAGACCCGGGUUCGAUUCCCGACGUUGGUACAAUGUGUGAAGCCCAUUUCUGGUGUCCCCUGCCGUGAUAUUGCUGGAAUACUGCUAAAAGCGGCGGAAAACCAUACUCACUCACUCACUCACUUGGUUGUGCUGAUGGCAUAGAUUAUGUCAAUGUACAACUUGCAUGGUACAGUAUUCAGUGUAAUAAGCAUCCCUCCCCUCGUCACUUUUCCAGGAAAGUCAAAAUUAUUAGUAUCCUUUCGCUUUAAUUCAGGAAUCGAGAAUAUUUGUUGUCCUCACACAUGAACUCUUUUUUUUUUAAAACAAAAGUUUGGGCAAUAGAUUAAACAAGGUAAAGAAGACCAGUAUAUGGCGAUAAUACGAGUGUCCAAAUGGGCUUUGUGAUGAUUACAUUGAUUAUUGAGCUCGUGGUUGUCAGUACCGGUAUAUGUACCACAUGUAGAGUCAUGAAGGCUGGUGUAUCUCUGCAAUGUAACAACAAUUGAUUACUUAAUUCUCAAAUCCAUGUUUUAUACUUUUAUAUCAGCAUUUUUAAUGUGCAUUAUGUAUGAGAUUGACAUUAAUUCCGUCCAUUUGUUUGUCUUAAAGAGUUUUAUAAUUGUUACAACAUUUACAAGUUUUUGUGAUCAGCAUUUAUGAACCUGACACCCCUUGAAGUCCGAUACACUUUAUGUAGUUUUUGUGAAUUCUUUUUUAGAUCAUCUUACGUUUUAAUAACACCAAGUUCAUGAAAUCCCAUUUUCUCUGAAGUAUAUGUUGGGAAUUGGAUGUUCUAGCAACAGUGCAAAUAUAUCCAUGUCUGUUUUUAUUAUAUGAAACAUAUCCCAUUUUGUCUGUAGCUUUCUGUGAUUCUGCAUUGGCCUACAGGGCUGGUCCCUUUUUUUUCGACAUCUUGCUGCAGGGGAAGCGAGUUUAUACAGGUGACAGCAUUAAAUUAUUUUACAUUCCAA